AACCGCCAACGUCUCGCCUUCAAAGUACCAGCCACGGAUUUUCGCUCAUUUUCCAUUUAGCCUAAAUGGCGCAAGACGCCGCAAGUCCCCGUCGCCAUCGGCGACGGCGCAGUCGCAGCAAAAGUCGCUCAUCGCGUCGCCACUCAUCAUCAUCUCGCCGCAAACGCUCGCGCUCUCGCUCGCUGUCGUCGCGCAGUGCGUCGAGCGACGCGUCUCGCUCCAGAUCGCGAUCUCGGGAGCGGCGCCGCUCGUCCAAAUCCGGCGACAGACACCGUCGCAAACGCUCCAAGACGGAGCGGAGAGAGCGACGCCGUUCGCCAUCGUACUCGCGCUCCAGAAGCCGCUCGGAAGGCAGACGUAGCAGCUACAAGAAGAAGAGAGACAGAAGCCACCGAAGCGGGCGGAAGAGCAGCAGGCGUAGUAGAAGCAGGAGCGAGACGAGAGCGGAAGCUUCGAGACGUAAGAGAUCCGAGUCCAAGGAGGAGAUUAAGAAACACAACGAGGUUAAGAAUGGACACGCUGAGCAUGCGAAGCCUCAAGAGGCCGCAGCUACGAAGAGUAGUGGCUCUAGCUCCGAGAAGAAGAGAGCAGCUAAGGAUCCCCCUGCAGUCACUGCGCCAACAGCUAGUGCGACGUUGAAGAAGUUCAAGUUCGGUGGUAUCUCGCUGAAGCCUGGUAACCAGAAGAACGUGGUGAAGAAGAAACCUGCCGCUUUCUUUAAUUCACUGAGUGAAGAUACAAAGCCACCGCUUAAUGACGAGAAGGAGCCUACCAAGAAGCAGAAAUUUCUUCUUGAAGAGCAGAAACAAGAAGAGAAAGCCAAAUUUCUUGCAGAGGAGGACGCAGUGCCCAAGCAACUGGAUUUAAACACUGAAGAAGAGGAAGAGAAGGGUGAGACGCCCGAGGAGCGCAAAAAGCGGGAAGAGGAGGAAGUAAAGCAACGCGAACGAGUGCAGAAAGUUGUGGAGGAAGUGGAUCCUCUGGACGCCUAUAUGGCUGGACUGGUGGACGCAUCAGCACGCGCUAACCCCGCUGCUAAUGUGAUCUCGCAGUCGGAAAUCGAAGCAAAGGGUAAAAUCAAUAUUUAUGGCACAUUCUUGCCGCCCGAUGCAGCAGAACAAGCGACUACAGUUACGACUACGCCGUCUGCAGAUACUCAAACGUCGACUAGCGUUGUCAACGAGACGCCUGAAGAGCGUGAAGCUCGGGAGGAACGUGAACUCAAGGAAUUUAUGCGUGCAAUUAAAGAGAAACGUAAACAAGAAGAGAAUAAUACUAACAGUGGUACGGAGGCUGCAGUCGCUACUGGUAAUGGAGCAGGACCAGAAGAUCUGGCGGUAAAGCAAGAUACAGGGCGUAUCUACCAGGGCUUUGAAGAAGAUAUUAUCGGUGAAGACUCGGAGCUGAUGGAUCAGCGCUCAGCUCUCGAGAUUCUUCAGGAUCAGCAAAAGAAGAAGGAGAUUAAGCCUGUGGAUCACUCCAAGAUGAAUUACCUUCCGUUCCAGAAGAAAUUUUAUGUGGCUCCUAAGGAAAUCAAGGAUUUAUCGGAAGAAGAUAUGGAAGCACAGCGUAAGGAGUCUGAAAUCAAGGUUCGAGGCAAGAAUUGUCCGCGUCCGUUGCAGAAAUGGACCCAAUGUGGUUUCAGCGUCCGCAUGCUGCAGCUGAUCAAGAAGCACGGCUACGAGGAGCCGUUUGCUAUCCAAAAGCAAGCGCUUCCUGCGAUCAUGUCUGGACGUGAUGUCAUUGGCAUUGCGAAAACAGGUUCAGGCAAGACUUUGGCGUUCCUGCUCCCCAUGUUUCGUCAUAUUCUCGCUCAACCUCCUUUGCAAGAAAACGAAGGUCCAAUUGGAAUCAUCAUGGCUCCUGCACGAGAACUUGCUCAGCAGAUUUACGUGGAAGCUCGUAAGUUUUCGAAGGGCCUUGGAUUGCGCGCCACUGCUGUGUACGGAGGAUCAUCAGUCUCGGAGCAAAUUGCCAACUUGAAGCGUGGAUCAGAUAUUGUGAUCUGUACGCCAGGACGAAUGAUCGAUAUUCUGUGCAUGAGUGCUGGAAAGAUGGUAUCUCUGCAGCGGGUGACGUAUGUCGUGCUAGAUGAAGCUGACCGCAUGUUUGACAUGGGCUUCGAGCCGCAGAUCACGAAGAUUAUGAUGAACAUUCGCCCAGACCGACAGACACUGCUGUUCUCCGCCACUUUCCCUCGCUCGGUGGAAUCUCUGGCCCGGAAAGUGCUGAAGAAACCUGUGGAAAUUACCGUGGGCACACGCAGUACGGCAUCAGGCGAUAUUACGCAGUAUGUUGAAGUCCGUGAAGAAGACGACAAGUUCAUGCGACUCCUGCAGCUUUUGGGUUUGUGGUACGAGAAGGGAAAUAUCCUAGUGUUUGUGAACAAACAGCAAGCUUGCGACCAAAUCUUUCAAGACUUGAUGAAGGCUGGAUAUCCAGCGCUCUCAUUACAUGGUGGCAAAGAUCAGGUGGAUCGGGACUACACAAUCGAUGACUUUAAACGCAAGGUGCGAACCGUAAUGGUUGCGACUUCUGUCGCUGGUCGAGGUCUUGACGUGAAGGAUUUGGUUCUUGUCAUCAAUUACCACUGUCCUAAUCACAUGGAAGACUACGUUCAUCGCGUCGGACGAACCGGACGAGCUGGCCGAAAGGGAACAGCCUACACCUUCAUCUCUCCAGAUGAGGAGGAGUAUUCAGUGGAUCUUGUCAAAGCAUUAGAAAACGCUAAACAGAUUGUCCCGCCUGAACUGACAGCACUUGCAGAAGGGUUCACAGCAAAGGUUAAGCGCGGUGAAGCUAGAUAUCACGGCAGUGGGUUCAAAGGCAAAGGCUUCACAUUCGACGAGACGGAAAGAAAUGAGACCCAGCGCACAGCAGACCUCCAGCGACGCCAAUAUGAACUGGACCAGGGCAUUCUUGUUGAGGUACGAUACUUUCAAGCUCAAUUCGACCAAUUAUAUUGACAAUGCUAUGCUCUUAUGUUUGUAGGAUUCUGGUGCUGCCGACGACGAUGAUGAUGAAGAGCCGAGCAAAGAGAACACCGCUAACACAACUGACAAACCGUCUGUGCCUGCUGGUCAGAAGGCGAUGCCUAUCGAUGGCGAGGCUAUGUCUGCCUUCAUCAAGGCGCAGAAAAUUAUCCAGAAUCUGGAUUUGAAGUACAAGGGGAACGGUUCUGGAGAGAACCACUUCGUCGAAGAGCUUGAAAUUAAUGAUUAUCCUCAGCAAGCUCGAUGGAGAGUUACCCAGAAGGAAGCAAGCGACUCAGUGGCGGAGCUCACUGGUGCUGCUGUUAUUGCGCGAGGAUCGUAUAUUCCUGCUGGGCGGAAGCCCAAUCCAUCAGAACGGAAACUUUACCUGGCUAUCGAGGGACCAACUCAAGCUUCGGUCAUCGAGGCCAGGCGAGAACUGCAACGCAUCUUGGACGAAACCACGAUGCAGGUCGGUCUGGGUGGCGACAAAUACGGAAAGUACAGUCUGUAAUACCACAGGCAGGUAAGGAGGAGAGACUUACAAAAUCUAGCAAACGAUCUUGCGAGUCUCAUUAGUCUUGCUUCUCCUGCAAUUGAUUUUCUUCGUAGCCAAACAAUUUCGUGGAAAUGGAUACAAUCGACAUCAUGAGAUUGUAUGAAGCCUUGACAAUUCUAAGCCGCAACGCCGAGGCGCAACCCAUCGAGACACCAUAUAUCGACAGGCGCUUCAACGGGUAAAUCCAGCUCCUGUAAGUUUAGACUGGUGAUGUCGGGUGCCGACAUCUGACUAAACACGUGCGCAUCCUGGGAAUGUAGUGUCAACGUCGGGUAAAGCUCGCUCCUCGAAGGGACCGGUAAUGUAAACUCCAUCACGCGAUUAUUACUGUCCCGAAGCGCAAUCCCGUCAACAGUGAAGCGCACAAAAGCUUCACCGAUGGAUGAUCCAGCAUCGCCCGAGCCUGUCGAGGACGAAGAGUCUGAUGGCUGAGGCGCAUUUCCAGUUGAUGCACCCGUUGUUUCAUCCUCCUGAUGAUCAACUACCUGGGCCAGAACUCCAACUGUUGACUGGAAACCAUACUUUCGGCCGACUCCAAUGGAACGCCGCCUCUCCGAUCCUACAAGCACGUGCCCGGCAGAAUAGAAUCCUAUCUGUAUCAAUAGCAAGUUAGCUCAAGCCCACUACGCCGUCAACAGCAGCUAAGGCACCUACCGAAUGCUUUGAGGCUCCAACGAGUGUGUUUAAUGGCAUCAGGCGCGUAGAUAACCCGAUACAGACGCUUGCAUCGAUGCCAGCUCGGUCAUUAGGAUUGGCCGAACUUGUGCCCGCGGAACCACCCGACAGAAAAGAUGAUCCACGCGCUAAUUGAGACGAAGCCUCUAACCUGGAAGCAUUCUGGUUCGCACCACGAGCAGGUGUCCGCCCUUGCUGCAGCGUCAUUUCAAAGUACACAAACCGAUUCUUCUGCAGCGGCACAGAAGCGCGCACACUGCGGUACAUGCCUGUGCCAACCUUGGACGCACAAUGGCGACCACAGGAUAAAUAAAUAUCUUCGUGACAAUCAUGCGCAUUGAAUCGUGGCACACGCAGCCCACGAUCACCGGUUAACGUCGCCGCACGCUCCUGUCGUAGUUGAUCGCGUGCUUGGUAUAACACGUCGUCGGAGAAAUUAGAAAAUGCCAGCUGCACACGCUUGCGCGCCAAAGGCGACACUGGGAUGGACCGCGGCGUCGCGGAACUCAGGUGAGCAUAGCUUGAAGUGGUCUCCUCCUGGGCUCGACUUUGACUACCACUACCAAUGCUGCCGUCGCUGGUAGAUCUGCUCGAAGACGCAGUUUGCACGGUAUCUGGCGGUAACCGAACCGUAGCUUCAAACGAAUGCAGCGGGAUCUGAAAAUGCAUGACGCGCCGUAUCCUCCGAUCGAUAUUGGACGGUACCAUGCACUCUUUCUCCCUGUACUCCAGUACCACCGCCGUCACUGUCACAAUAAAUACAUAACUCAUUAGAAAUCUCAUCAAUACCAUAACCAGCUCAUCCCACGCAACGUACAGCUCGGAUCAGC